AGGCGAAGCCGAAGAGGAGAGUCCGGCUCCCCAUCCUCGCCCAAGUGCAUCGCGGCCUUGGCGCCCCGUGAAGGGGAGGAGGAGAAGGGGGGGCGCAGAAGAGGGAAAGAUCCGGCAAAGUCUCUCCGGAUCCCAGGCCGGGGGGGUCCAUGGAUCGGGCGCGGCGGGCCGGGAGAGCCCCGGGGUGCAGGAUUCCCGCGCUAGGCCGGCUCUUCCCAGCCGGAGAAGGGAUCCGAUCCGGAGCAAACCCAUUUACACGGAGCCACCGCGCUCUCCAGCUCCGCCUCGACUAAAAACUUCCUCCGGCUUCCUUAGAUGCCUGCUGGGAACGAGACAAAUUCAUGCUUAUUAAUUUAAAAGCUCAGGUGGUGUACAUGGUCCCUUUUGCCCUCACCAUCCCCUGGUGCCCUACGGAGCAGGACUUGGGGGCCGGAGUCCAGGGCCCCCAUUCGAGCAGAAUGAGCAGGAGGGCCCUCAAACGCAGCAGGGCUGGCCCACCGCCUUUUGAACAGGCUGCGGAAUGACCUCCCUGUUCAUUGGUGGAGAAAUCGAACAGAAAAUUAAUCUGGGCCCUGUGACGUUUGAGGAUGUGGUCAUCUAUUUCACAGAAGCAGAGUGGGCUCUCCUAACCUGGACGCAACGAGCCCUCUACAAGGAGGUCAUGCAGGAGAACUACCAGAAUGUGAUGUCGCUGGGCACGUCCCCCAUCUCCCAGGCUCCCACCGCCACGGCAAAGGACACCCAGGAAUCCCAGAGGCAGAGGGCCAAAUUUUGGAGCAAAGAAGAGAUCGGGUUGUUUGUUGACCUCUGGAUCAGCCCAGAGGUGCAAAAUGAACUUCGGAAUAUGUACCACAAUGAGGCGGUCUUUAACUGGCUCUCCACGGAAAUGGGCCUGCGGGGUUACAACCGGUCGGCCCGCCAGUGUCGCGAGAAGAUGAACGCCUUGAAGAAGAAAUAUAAGGAAGUCACCAUCCAGAGUAAGGGCUCCGGGGUCGACCUGAGUGCCAUGCCCUACUAUAAUAAACUAGCCAUGAUCCUGGAGAAAAGAGAUGCCACCCCCAGGUCUGCAGGAGGCAGUAGCGGCCCGGAAAAGGGUCAGUGGCAGAGACAGACGUCACUGACGCUGGCCAGGCAGGCCUCGCCGCUCACUCUUGGGACGUCUGGACAAGCGGCGAGGCCGUCUCUCACCACCACCCCUGUUCUGAAGACGGCACUGACCGGUCCCCAAGGAAAGCCACCCCCUCAGAAGCAGCCGCGCCUUCUCCAGGAGACGUUCAUGCGCUCUCAGGCUGGCGCAGGGUCCCCUACUCCCUCCCACGAGCUCCUUUCCCAGCCUGGCGGGAGCGUGGCGGCCCAGAAUCAUGGACUGGCUUCCUCUAAGCAAGGAGCCCACCAGCGGCCGGCGCUGACUCCCAAAAUCAAGGAAGAAGAACCGCAGGAAGACGACGCCAACUGCAUCUCCAGCGUGCUCCAGAGCGCCCUCCUGCCCGUGGAAGUCCGGGUGGUGGAUGAGAACGGGCUCACCAUCGCGUCGGUCGAGUGCAAGCAAGAGAAACAGGAGGAGGAUGGGCUGGAUCGGGCCACCGAUCUCGGACUCGAUUUUGAGGACAAGCUUAUAAGAAAUAUUGUGGCGGACGGCGACCCUCCGGAGGUAACGUCGAUCCAGGUCGACCCAAACGGGCUUCCAGAGUUGUCGGAAGAACUGUACGGUGGGGCCGAAGGGGCUGAGGACAUGCCCACGGAUUUGCUCCAGUCUUUGGACGAUCGGUUCUCCGGCUACCAAGGCCAAGAAGACAGCAAUCUGGACCGCGAGAAAAUAGAACAAGAGCGCCCGUUAUCUAGGCCUUUGUCCGCAGCUGAAAGUCUCAUACAGGAGCAGGAGCGCAAAGCCCUUGAAAACGCAGACGCCGCCUCGAUCCUCCUGGACAUUGUGGGCUGUAAGGAUCCUAACUCAGGUGCCGAUGGGGGCCUUGGUGGGGUGGACGAGCCACCGCUGAGCCACGUUCUGCCCCCCGGAGACCUGGAGGGAGACGCGCCGUUGACCAGCGCGCAGAGGGCGGCCAGGUUCAGAAACAAGAGGAAAAUAGAGCGCGCGCAGCUGGCGAAGGACCUCAUUAAAGCCACCAAGGAGACCGGGGAGCAAAUCCGCGACGCCCUUUAUGAGCUGGACAGCAAGGAAUCUCAGCGCCGGGUGGACGACCGCCGGGUGGCCGUCUGGUGCGCCAGGCACAUCGCGAAAAGCAUCAGGGACUCCAGCCAAACCAUGGCCUCCGCCAUGCGCGACUCGGACGUGGCCUUCCAGCGCUGCAUGGAGAGCUACACGGCCGCUCUGGAACGACAAACGACUCUGUUGGAGCGCAUUGUGGACACGCUCACGGGGCGGGCGGCGCCUCCGAACGCUCCCGGCGAGGAGACCUUAGGGGCGUCCGUACCCAACAGUCCUCCGCCUGCGCCUUCUCAGAUCCUUUGCGUUCCCCAGGAACCUCCCCUGGCUGAGAAGACAGUCUGAGGAGGAGAAAAAAGAGCCAUCUUAAGGUUGCAGGAUCAGACCAAAGUAGUAGAGCAGGACUUGGAAAAACGGACAUGUGGCCCUCCAGACCGUCUUGGGAUGGCAAUUCCCGCGGCUAUUUUUUUCCUCCUUUUUUUUCUAUUCUUACUGGUGUGUUUUUAAAUUCUUACGCUUUUUAUUCAUUUUACA